GGGGCGGUGUCCGGCGCCGGCGGCUGCGGGAGGAGCUUCGCGAGGACCGACGCGGGGCGGUCAGACGGCGACGGUCCUGGGAGGCGCCAGCGCGAGUCCGAUCUGCUCCCCGCCCGCCGCAGCUGCCAUCGCCGGCCCGUCGGCGCGCCCCGGCCUCCCGCGCUCGCGCCCUCCGCCCGCCGCGGCCCUCGAUGCGGGGCCGGGCCGCUGCGUGAUGGGACUGCGGAGCGGCGUCCUGCGGCUCGCGGCGGCCGCUGCUCACGCGGAGGAGCGUCGGUGCCGGGCCCCCCACACCCCCGCGCGCCGCGGCGCCUGCUGACCCGACCCGCCGGCCGGUGGUCCGCAGCGCGGCUGAGGAAACUUGAACGUAACUUAAAAAGAAGUUUUGAUUCUUUAUUUCUGGACUACGUAUAUAUAGCAAGACCAUCAGAAUGUCGGGAGCCUCAGUGAAGGUGGCUGUUCGCGUGCGGCCCUUCAAUUCUCGAGAGACCAGCAAAGAGUCCAGGUGCAUCAUUCAGAUGCAGGGCAACUCAACCAGUAUUAUUAACCCAAAAAACCCAAAGGAAGCUCCAAAGUCCUUCAGCUUCGACUAUUCCUACUGGUCUCACACCUCGCCUGAAGAUCCCUGUUUUGCAUCUCAAAACCGUGUGUACAAUGAUAUUGGAAAGGAAAUGCUCUUACAUGCCUUUGAGGGAUAUAAUGUCUGUAUUUUUGCCUAUGGGCAGACUGGUGCUGGGAAGUCUUAUACAAUGAUGGGUAAACAAGAAGAAAGCCAGGCUGGCAUCAUUCCACAGUUAUGUGAAGAACUAUUUGAGAAAAUCAAUGACAACUGUAAUGAAGAAAUGUCUUAUUCUGUAGAGGUGAGCUACAUGGAAAUUUACUGUGAAAGAGUACGAGAUUUGCUGAAUCCAAAAAACAAGGGUAAUUUGCGUGUGCGUGAACACCCCCUUCUUGGCCCCUAUGUGGAGGAUCUGUCAAAGUUGGCAGUCACUUCCUACACAGACAUUGCUGACCUCAUGGAUGCUGGGAACAAAGCCAGGACAGUGGCAGCUACCAACAUGAAUGAAACAAGUAGCCGUUCUCAUGCUGUGUUUACCAUUGUUUUCACCCAGAAGAAACAUGACACUGAGACCAACCUUUCCACUGAGAAGGUUAGUAAAAUCAGUUUGGUGGAUCUAGCGGGAAGUGAACGAGCUGAUUCAACUGGUGCCAAAGGGACUCGAUUAAAGGAAGGAGCAAAUAUUAAUAAGUCUCUUACAACUCUGGGAAAAGUCAUUUCAGCCUUGGCAGAGGUGGAUAACUGCACCAGCAAGAGUAAGAAGAAGAAGAAAACUGAUUUUAUUCCCUACAGGGAUUCUGUACUUACUUGGCUCCUUCGAGAAAAUCUAGGUGGCAAUUCUCGGACUGCAAUGGUUGCUGCUCUGAGCCCAGCAGAUAUCAACUAUGAUGAAACUUUAAGCACUCUGAGAUAUGCAGAUCGUGCAAAACAAAUUAAAUGCAAUGCUGUUAUCAAUGAGGACCCCAAUGCCAAACUGGUUCGUGAAUUAAAGGAGGAGGUGACAAGGCUGAAGGACCUUCUUCGUGCUCAAGGGCUAGGAGAUAUUAUUGAUAUUGAUCCAUUGAUCGAUGAUUACUCUGGAAGUGGAGGCAAAUAUCUGAAAGAUUUUCAGAACAAUAAGCAUAGGUACUUGCUAGCCUCUGAGAAUCAACGCCCUGGCAAUUUUUCCACAGCAUCCAUGGGGUCCCUUACUUCAUCUCCAUCUUCCUGCUCACUCAAUAGUCAAGUGGGCUUAACAUCUGUGACCAGUAUUCAGGAGAGGAUCAUGUCUACACCUGGAGGAGAGGAAGCCAUCGAACGUCUAAAGGAAUCCGAGAAGAUCAUUGCUGAGUUGAAUGAAACCUGGGAAGAGAAGUUGCGUAAAACAGAGGCUAUCAGAAUGGAGAGAGAGGCCUUGUUGGCUGAGAUGGGAGUCGCCAUUCGGGAAGAUGGAGGAACGCUGGGGGUUUUUUCACCUAAAAAGACCCCACAUCUUGUUAACCUCAAUGAGGACCCACUUAUGUCCGAGUGCCUGCUUUAUUACAUCAAAGAUGGAAUUACAAGGGUUGGCCAAGCAGAUGCUGAGCGGCGCCAGGACAUCGUGCUGAGUGGGGCUCACAUUAAAGAAGAGCAUUGUAUCUUUCGGAGUGAGAGAAACAACAGUGGCGACGUUAUCGUGACCCUAGAGCCUUGUGAACGCUCAGAAACCUACGUAAAUGGCAAGAGAGUGGCCCAGCCUGUUCAGCUACGCUCAGGAAACCGUAUCAUCAUGGGUAAAAACCAUGUGUUUCGUUUUAACCAUCCGGAGCAAGCACGGGCUGAGCGGGAGAAGACUCCUUCCGCUGAGACCCCCUCUGAGCCUGUGGACUGGACAUUUGCCCAGAGAGAGCUUCUGGAAAAACAAGGAAUUGAUAUGAAACAAGAGAUGGAGAAAAGGCUACAGGAAAUGGAGAUUCUGUACAAAAAGGAGAAGGAAGAAGCAGAUCUUCUCUUGGAGCAGCAGAGACUGGACUAUGAAAGUAAAUUGCAGGCCUUGCAGAAGCAGGUUGAGACCCGAUCCCUAGCUGCAGAAACAACUGAAGAGGAAGAAGAGGAGGAGGAAGAAGUUCCUUGGACACAACAUGAAUUUGAGCUGGCUCAGUGGGCCUUCCGGAAAUGGAAGUCGCACCAGUUUACUUCAUUAAGGGACUUGCUCUGGGGCAAUGCCGUUUACCUGAAGGAGGCCAAUGCCAUCAGUGUGGAAUUGAAGAAGAAGGUACAGUUUCAGUUUGUUCUGCUGACUGACACGUUGUACUCCCCUUUGCCUCCUGAAUUACUUCCCACUGAGAUGGAAAAAACUCACGAAGACAGGCCUUUCCCUCGUACGGUGGUGGCAGUAGAAGUCCAGGAUCUGAAGAACGGAGCAACACAUUAUUGGUCUUUGGAGAAACUCAAGCAGAGGCUGGAUUUGAUGCGAGAGAUGUAUGACAGGGCAGGUGAGAUGGCCUCCAGUGCCCAAGACGAAAGCGAAACCACUAUGACUGGCAGUGAUCCAUUUUAUGAUCGGUUCCAUUGGUUCAAACUUGUAGGAAGCUCCCCCAUUUUCCACGGCUGUGUGAAUGAGCGCCUUGCUGACCGCACACCCUCCCCCACUUUUUCCACGGCCGAUUCCGACAUCACUGAGCUGGCUGACGAACAGCAAGAUGAGAUGGAGGAUUUUGAUGAUGAGGCAUUCGUGGAUGACACCGGCUCUGACGCAGGGACGGAGGAGGGAUCAGAUCUCUUCAGUGACGGGCAUGACCCGUUUUACGACCGAUCCCCAUGGUUCAUUUUAGUGGGAAGAGCAUUUGUUUACCUGAGCAACCUGCUGUACCCUGUGCCCCUGAUUCACAGGGUGGCCAUUGUCAGCGAGAAGGGCGAAGUGCGGGGAUUUCUUCGCGUGGCUGUACAAGCCAUUGCAGCGGAUGAAGAAGCUCCUGAUUAUGGCUCUGGAAUUCGACAGUCGGGAACAGCUAAAAUAUCUUUUGAUAACGAGUACUUUAAUCAGAGUGACUUUUCUUCAGUUGCAAUGACUCGUUCUGGUCUCUCCUUGGAGGAGCUGAGGAUUGUGGAAGGACAGGGUCAGAGUUCUGAAGUCAUCACUCCUCCAGAAGAAAUCAACCGAAUGAAUGACUUGGAUUUGAAGUCAAGCACUUUGCUGGAUGGUAAGAUGGUAAUGGAAGGGUUUUCUGAAGAGAUUGGCAACCACCUGAAACUGGGCAGUGCCUUCACUUUCCGUGUAACAGUGUUGCAGGCCAGUGGAAUCCUCCCAGAGUAUGCAGAUAUCUUCUGUCAGUUCAACUUUUUGCAUCGCCAUGACGAAGCAUUCUCCACUGAACCCCUCAAAAACAAUGGCAGAGGAAGUCCUCUGGGCUUUUAUCAUGUGCAGAAUAUUGCAGUGGAGGUCACUGAAUCAUUUGUGGAAUACAUCAAAACUAAGCCAAUAGUAUUUGAAGUCUUUGGGCAUUAUCAGCAGCACCCACUUCACCUGCAAGGACAGGAGCUUAACAGUCCACCUCAGCCAUCUCGACGAUUCUUCCCUCCGCCCAUGCCACUCUCCAAGCCAGUUCCCAGCUGCCAGAGCGAGAGGUUACCUAAACGAGAUGUUCCAGCCACCAAGUUAAACACCAUGAGCAAAACCAGCCUUGGCCAGAGCAUGAGCAAGUAUGAUCUUCUGGUUUGGUUUGAGAUCAGUGAACUGGAGCCUACAGGAGAGUAUAUCCCAGCUGUGGUUGACCAUACAGCAGGCCUGCCCUGCCAGGGGACAUUUUUGCUUCACCAGGGCAUCCAGCGACGGAUCACAGUGACCAUCAUCCAUGAGAAGGGGAGUGAGCUCCACUGGAAAGAUGUUCGCGAGCUGGUGGUAGGCCGUAUUAGGAAUAAGGCUGAGGUGGAUGAAGCUGCAGUUGAUGCCAUCCUCUCCCUAAAUAUCGUCUCUGCCAAGUACCUGAAGUCUUCCCACAGCUCUAGCAGGACCUUCUACCGUUUCGAGGCUGUGUGGGACAGCUCCCUCCAUAACUCUCUCCUUCUGAACCGAGUGACACCCUAUGGGGAAAAGAUCUACAUGACCUUAUCGGCCUACCUAGAGCUGGAUCAUUGCAUCCAGCCAGCUGUCAUCACCAAGGAUGUGUGCAUGGUCUUCUAUUCCCGGGAUGCCAAGAUCUCACCGCCACGCUCUCUGCGCAGCCUCUUUGGCAGUGGCUACUCCAAGUCACCAGACUCCAAUCGCGUCACUGGAAUUUAUGAACUCAGUUUAUGCAAAAUGGCAGACACAGGUAGUCCAGGCAUGCAGAGGAGGAGAAGAAAAAUCUUGGAUACAUCAGUGGCGUAUGUGCGGGGAGAAGAGAACUUAGCAGGCUGGCGGCCGCGUGGAGACAGCCUCAUCCUUGAGCACCAGUGGGAGUUAGAGAAGCUGGAGCUCCUCCACGAGGUGGAGAAAACCCGCCAUUUCCUGCUGCUGCGUGAGAGACUUGGUGACAGCAUUCCCAAAUCCCUGAGUGACUCAUUGUCCCCCAGCCUCAGCAGUGGGACCCUGAGCACCUCCACCAGCAUCUCCUCUCAGAUUUCAACCACGACCUUUGAAAGUGCCAUCACACCCAGUGAGAGCAGUGGCUAUGACUCAGCAGACAUUGAAAGCCUAGUGGAUCGAGAGAAAGAGCUGGCUACCAAGUGCCUGCAACUUCUCACCCACACUUUCAACCGAGAAUUCAGCCAGGUGCACGGCAGCAUCAGUGACUGUAAGUUGUCUGAUAUCUCUCCAAUUGGACGGGAUCCUUCUGUGUCCAGUUUCAGCAGUGCUACCCUCACUCCCUCUUCCACCUGCCCUUCUCUGGUAGACUCUAGGAGCAACUCUUUGGAUCAGAAGACUCCAGAAGCCAAUUCCAGGGCCUCUAGUCCCUGCCCAGAAUUUGAACAGUUUCAGAUUGUUCCAACUGUGGAAACGCCCUAUUUGGCCCGAGCAGGAAAAAAUGAAUUUCUCAAUCUUGUUCCAGAUAUUGAAGAAAUUAGACCGGGCUCAGUGGUCUCUAAGAAAGGAUACCUGCAUUUCAAGGAGCCACUUUCUAGUAACUGGGCUAAACAUUUUGUCAUAGUCCGUCGCCCGUAUGUCUUCAUCUAUAACAGUGACAAAGACCCAGUGGAGCGUGGCAUCAUUAACCUGUCCACGGCACAGGUGGAAUACAGUGAGGACCAGCAGGCCAUGGUGAAGACACCUAACACCUUUGCUGUGUGCACAAAGCACCGGGGAGUCCUUUUGCAGGCUCUCAAUGACAAAGACAUGAAUGACUGGUUAUAUGCCUUUAACCCACUCCUUGCUGGCACAAUACGGUCAAAACUCUCCCGCAGAUGCCCCAGCCAACCGAAGUUCUAAGUGACUCUGCUGAGCGACUCUGCUGAGCGCCCUCACUCACCUUCCAAGAGAUAAAGAAAGUGUUACCUCUCAUUUCUCUUUGUGAUUCUUGACGGUUACUCUUGUAUGUAAUCCUGUGGCUUAACUACUCCCUUUGUCUCGCACUUUUUCUAGCUCUCCUGUUCCCCAUCUCCAUUGCUCUGUAUUCUUUUCUUUUUUCCUGUGCUGAGAAUCUUAUUAAAAGCAUGUGGCCUAACAAAAGGGGAAGAAACAAACAAACAAAAAUACAACCCAGAGGGGAUCCACUAAAUCUCCAAAUUAUCUUUUGGCGUAUUUGGCUUCCUUUUGUAUGAUAGGUCCCCAUUAUGACCACCUCUGAUGUCUGUACUGCUGUCUUUGGAUAUCUUUGUCUGUAUUUCAAGACAACAUAAUACUUUUUUUUCCGUUUGUGAUAUCACUUUAAUUUUUCUUGGGUGGCUUAGAGACUAAGGGAGGAGAUAUCUGGCCUUCUUAAAACCUGAGAGGAGAAAACUGACCUUUUUCCCUUCUGUCUCUUUUUGCCAUGGCUAAUCCCUGCAUUUUCCAUUCAGGGAAAAGGGUGUGGUAAGCUUGGAAAUGGGACAGGUGCAGUCUCUGAAAUUGGGGCUUAUUUAGAACAUAGUUAUGUAAUUUUCAUUUAGUGGAAGAGAGGAGAGAGGACUUUUUAGCAGGCUUGUGCAUUGGCUGCCAUUGACUUUGUCGGAAGGGAGGAGCCAAGGAUACGGCUGGAGGAUUUCAAAAGGCCAGAGGAUUUGGCAGUGAGCCAUGAAGGCAGACAGUCAGUAGGAUGCUUAUAGUUCCUCACAGCAGAAUUCCUGUGAACUGUUUUUCUCAGUUGGAAGGAAACCCCUUCUCUCAGAGUUUCUCAAUUCUGGGCUUGGAAUUAGUGUUGAUGGUGGUAGUCUGGAAUUAGUGCCGUGUUAUACACAAAUAUCACGCAAGGAGGGAGUCUUUCACUUUCUGGUGAUGAACUUGAUGGUCUUUGUUGUCAUUAUAAUUAUAAUGCUGAAUAGUGACCUUGUGCUUGUUGUAGCUCCCUUUGAUCAAAGAAAUGUAGCUUUCAAGUAUAAACUUGAAAGUCUCCUUCUGAAUCCAGUGGUCAUUUUCAAUGAUCUUUGUCAAAUUGAAAAUAUUUUCAGUGAUGCUUGUCUCCCUAUACUCGUAAAUAAGCAAACAUGGCAGGCUUUGUUUUCUGGAACCCAGGAUUAAAAUCAACCCCCUCCCACUGCUUAAAAACAAAACAAAAGGACACCUGGGGGCAGAGAAGAGAGUCCACCUGAGCCCUGGCCCCAGUGGUUUGUUGCUUGCAUCCACCUUGCCUCUCCUCCUUGCUUGUCUCCAUCGGGUAUGGAACUCUUGCCAGGGGAGAAAGGAGGAAGCUCACUGCUGACAGUCUCUUUCUCUGACAGAACAGGGGCAUCGGCUUCCAGAAGCCAUCAUAGAAGAUACUCUUUUUCUUUCAGCUGCCAGUAAGUUUUACAGGAAUGACGUGGAGAAAAGAAGGCCUCCAGGUUACUUCAGUUGCUUUGCUGGUUGACUUGGGCUUGUUUUGUAUCAUUUUUUACCUUUCUUGCUCAAACCUUUCUGUUUGCCCAUCCCUCAGGCAUUCAGGAAAGUAUCUACUCACCCUCACUUUGUGGAGACCAAGGGUCCUCAGCCUUGAGCUUGCUGACUCUCAGGUGAUGGUGAAUUGGAUGACUUUCUCCUUUCAGCAGCAAAGGGCGGGGUUUAUGCACUCUGCAGACGGUUGCUGGGCAGGUUGCUCGGCAGGCUCACCGUCACCCAGACCCUUGCUCUGACUUCCUGGUUGGGCUCAUUGUAAUCGCCUUGCAAAGGGGAGGAAAAGUGAGUCACAGAGAGCUUACUAAAAGAAAGGAUAGAAAUCACAGACUGUGACCUUAUUUAGAUAAUGGUCAAUAAAAACUCUAUGGUAGAUUUUUUUUUAACUUUCUUCCUCUCCUUAAAACAUAGGUCAUUAACAACGAUAUUAUUUGUUUUCUAAGCAGUAGGUGAGGUUUUUAACGUAGUUAGAGGUUUCUUCAUUGUCUAGAGGACACAAAAUGCCCUUCUGGUGUAUACUCAAAUUCAGGAUCCGUUGGUGCAUAGUGACAGCUUCCUGGACUGGAAUUAAAUCUAAUUUCAGGGAAAUGAAGAUGAAAUUUGAAGGUUACUUUUAGAAUUAAAUCACGGAUGCUGCUGCUGUUACAAAGUUUGAUAAAAAGAUCCAUAUUUGUGACGAAGGGUCGUGGGGAACACUAAGGGAGAGUAAAAUCACAUGAUACACUGAAAUGACUUUUGUUGUUUCUUCCUAACUAAAACAAAACUGGCUUGGAAAGUCUUUGCUUUGGAGGUGUCAAAUAUUAGAACAGGCCGAACUGGACCGUUGGUCACAUGUGCAGGUAAGGUCUCUUGAGGAAGCAGGGGCCGCGGGCGGGCAUGCUUUCCAUCAUCUAGGAGCCUCUGCUAUGGCUGACAGUAUGGAUAGCUCCUGUUGGUCUCCCUCUUUCUCUAGGGGUCCAUCUUCAGAUUGGAGUUGGAACAAUUUCAGAAUUGAUGUUCCCUUUCUGGACAGGUCUAUCCCCACUUUAAAGCUCUGAGAGAAGAUUUAUGGCAGGAACUAUUAAUGAAGCUUUAGCUGAAGCCAUAGUGGCAGGAAAGUUGAGGAACGAACUUAACCUUUAAGGAAAUCACCUUUUGAGGUUUUUUUUUCCCCCCCUAAAGCACUCCUUUAAACAAGCCAAAAAAAAGAAGCAAGAAAGAAAAGAAAACUCUUACACAAAUUAAGGAGAAAUGAUUACUAGUUAAAACUAGUCAUUUCCCCUCCCUCCCCCAUUCUCCUUUCUCCUGCCAAAGCGAAAUAUGGCCUCACAGCCCACACCAAACCAGUGCUCACACUGUCCUUGUCUCUGCGCCUGCCUGGGAGUCAGUCAGCUCUCAGGCCUGGCUGUGCGGGGCCAGCCAGCCCUUGCACACAGCCAGGAGUGCAGGGAGGGGCUGCCUCGGCAGCGGGCUGGCACUUGAAUUCCAGUACGUGGUUAAAACGUGGUGAAGGCGAGGGAAAAGGAUUUUUCCCAACGAAGAAACCACUUCUUUUUCUCCCUUCAGCGACAUAGAACUUAUACAACUACUCAUAUUUUUUAUGGGUUUUUUCUUUUUUAGCUCUUAAGAUGAAGGAAUAAAUUAAAUCGUUGUGAAAGGUCUUUUAGGAUCUAAAAAUAAAAUGACUUCUCCUGGCACAUACUUCAAAGCAAAGACUUUGUUGCCUGCUGCUUGUUGUCUAAUUUACAGGGAUAUUUAAUUUUGUAAGGUAUUUGUAUAUUUAUACAGCUGUAAUUAAUUGCACAUUGGACUGGAAAAGAAAAGAUGACCUAGCGUGUAGCACCUAUCGGUACUCUGCAUUCCCUUGUGCUGUGUCCACUCGGCUUCUCCCGGACAGUAUCAGGGCUUGUUCGUUUGUUUGACUUGGCUCCUUCAUUUUUCCUUUUGAUUCCCUUUUUAAAAUGUGACUGUUAACUUGCUCCUCUAAAAGAAAAAACUAAUUCUGCUGCUACUCUCAGAAGGUUUGCUGAAUGUAUUUUAAAUAGGACUCUAACUCGUGCACACUGCAGCUGUCCACCGUGGCCAAUAAUGAUUCACCCAAGUGUGUGGCCCGACCGUUACUGUAUGUAGAAGGAAUGUGUUGAUUUGUGCUUCCUUAGUAAAUUGAAAUAUCAGCUGAGAGAUUAUCUGCUAUUGUUGUUCAAAAGGCCAUUUAUGAAAUUCAUAUUUGAGCCCCAUAAAAUCCUAGGAAAGCCUCUAAUCAUUUAAAGAAAGAAAUUAGAGUUGAUGCAAAUUUCAUGUUAAAAACUCACAGCCAAACGGCUAUGCUCAAGUGGAAAGUCUGAGCUGAGGUUGGUCUCUUGCCAAACCCUGGCUGUUGUGUGUUGUUUUCAUGUCUUCAAGUUUUUUCAUGCUGCAUAUUCUGGCAUCAGUUCACCUAAGGAAUCCAUCAGCCCUCUCACAUUUAAGGAAUUGUCUUAGAUUUUGUGGCUCUAAAAUACUUGUCCUUGAAAUUUCAAGUCUCUUGUCACCAUCCUUGUGCACUACAACAAAACCCAUGAAGCAUAAGUGGCCUUUUUGAACCAAGACUUUGCAAACUGAUCUCUACCCAGCGGAGGAGUUGAGCACAUUAGCAACAAUGUACAUUAUUAAUUUCAGACUUUCAUUUUCAUGUUUUAUUAUGUAAAUAUCUGAUGUUUGGAGCUUGAGUAUACAGAAUGUAAAUAUAGUUCUUGUAUUUGUACUAAUUCUGGUUCUUUUGCUGUAUAGCCUUAGAUGUGCAAUGCAGACAUUAUCUAACUGUGUAUGGUAACCUUGCAUCACGGAGCUGUUGGUGAACGAGGUAAAAAUAAUAAAGGUGCAGCCAGUGCAUCAGAA